AUGUAUCACUUCACACUGCAGGUGGAGAGGGGAGGUUCUCCAGCGAACGGCCCGGCGCCGCUACCUUCCCGAGGCCUGCUGGGAGUUGUAGUCCUGCCUCCCGAAGGCCGCGCGGCUGCUCAGCCUUCUCGGCUGGAGCGAUUACGUGGCUCGAGGAGCGGAGGAGAGGCGGGACGCAGGCGCGGCGUGAUGGCGGUUCCCGUGCGCAGCCCGUCGGUGUUCUUGCGGCUCUUGCUGCUGCUGGCCGGCCUCGCCUCGCCCGGCUGGGGCCUCUACUUCCACCUGGGCGAGACGGAGCGCAAGUGCUUCAUCGAGGAGAUCCCCGACGAGACCAUGGUCAUCGGGAAUUACCGGACGCAGCUGUUUGAUAAGCAACGGGAAGAGUACCUUCCUGCUACUCCUGGCCUGGGCAUGUUUGUGGAAGUGAAGGACCCUGAUGAAAAGGUGGUGUUGUCUCGACAGUAUGGGUCAGAGGGCAGAUUCACCUUUACUUCACACACACCUGGGGAACAUCAGAUCUGCCUACAUUCUAAUUCCACAAAGUUUUCCCUUUUUGCGGGAGGCAUGCUGAGGGUCCACCUUGAUAUCCAGGUUGGGGAACAUGCCAACGACUAUGCUGAGAUUGCAGCCAAGGACAAGCUGAGUGAGCUGCAGCUACGCGUACGCCAGCUCCUAGAGCAGAUUGAGCAGAUCCAGAAAGAGCAGAACUACCAGCGGUGGCGAGAGGAGCGCUUCCGGCAAACUAGUGAGAGCACAAACCAGCGGGUUCUCUGGUGGUCCAUUGUCCAGACCCUCAUUCUUGUAGCCAUUGGAGUCUGGCAGAUGAGGCAUCUUAAAAGUUUCUUUGAGGCCAAGAAGCUGGUAUAAAAAAA